UCUGAAUGUGUAUUCAACUUAUUCCAUGAACAGAACAGCACUUCUUAACCCAGCUCCAGGAGCUUGGAAUAUUAUCUUUAACUCCUGCCCGGAUGGUCUUUGGAGAAAGAAUUGCUUCUCAUGAUGACAGGUUUCUACUACACUUAGCGGACAAAACUGGUGGCAUAAUUGUAACAAAUGAUAACUUCAGAGAAUUUGUGACUGAGUCACUCUCUUGGAGAGAAAUUAUUACAAAAAGAUUGCUUCAGUAUACCUUCGUUGGGGACAUAUUUAUGGUUCCUGAUGACCCUCUGGGAAGAAGCGGACCUCGAUUAGAAGACUUUCUUCGGAAGGAAGUCUUCCUUAGAGAUAUGCAGCCCCUACUCAAUGCCUUGCCAAAUGUGGGCAUGUUUGACCCCAGCUUCAGAGUCCCUGGCACCCAGGCAGCCAGCACCAGUCACCAGCCUCCAGCCCGGCUUCAGGGCGCUCCACCCAGCCACUGGCUUCCUCAGCAGCCCCGCUUUCCAGUUCUGCCGAACCUUCCCAGUAUGCAGCAGAGCGUGCCCAUGCCGGCACAGAGGUCUCCUGCAGAAACCAGCGAGUUGAGGGAAGCCCUUCUGAAGAUCUUCCCUGACUCUGAGCAAAGACUGAAAAUCGACCAGAUCCUUGCGGCCCAUCCGUACAUGAAAGACCUGAAUGCACUGUCUGCCAUGGUGUUGGACUAAAGGUCACACUUUAGCUUGUGUCUGCACAUGGCAGCAGGAAGCGACAUAAUGUGAAGAGACCGAUUUCCCAGUGGAAAUUCUGUUGUAGUGUAUAGAAAAGAAAACAGAUGUUUUGUGUAUAAAAAAAUCUGGGUUUUCAAAACCAGCUUUUUCUAUAUAUAAAUAAUGCUGCUAUUACAGAUUUAACAUUUUCUGUAAAAGGAAAGUACAUUUUCUGCCUGUUCAGAACUGUUUAAUAGCAGUUACUCUUGAGUGUAUUUACAUUUUUAUGUUUUUUAAACUAUUUUCCUUAAAGCUGAAAAUAUUGACAAAUGGAUAUGAUUAGCCUUUCUAAAUAAAAAAAAAAAAAAAGAGUUGCUUUUUUAGGGAAAGCAAGAUCUCUCAAAGUAUAUUUUCUUGAGAUGACUAUGUAACGUCCACUAACAUGAAGUGUGCUCACCACUCCCCAGCCUCCUCUGCCCUCACGCCUGGAAUUAGAGUCCCAGGAGUAGGUUUUGUCCUAUGGGUCUUUUGUUGGAGCCAUUUGUGAGAGGGGGCAGGUGGUGCCACUAGAUGGCACCUGUGCCUAGCCAUUGUGAAUGACCAGGGCUCAGUUAGACUCCCAGAAUGUCAGGGCAAGAAGAAAUUCUAGAACUCCUGCUAGAACUCCUGUAGUCCCACCCUACUUCCCCUCCCACCCUGCAGAAGAGGGAGCUGAGGCUCAGCAUGCUCGCCUCCACACACACCCAGGUCCACAGCUGUGGAGCAGCUGGGCAGGAACCAGACUCCUCGUCCAGUGCUCUGACACGUUCACCAGGCUGAGGCCUCGCUAUACCUGGCCUGACUCUAGAAGUCAUGUCUUAGCCUCUGAAAAUAAUAGCGGGAUGUGAGGAAGAUCCAUGAAGAGCCCCGUUGUUACCAUAAUUUUGUGUCCACAGCCUCCAUGCGAAGUCUGUGCAGCUUUGCCAAAAAGUGGUUUUCUAUUCUCAAGAAUGACCCAAGCCAAUAAAUAGCAUUAGUAGCUGCCGUGGGGGCUCAGCCCCUUAUUUAUUUAUCCUGUGUUUGUGUUUUUAGUGUUCUCCUCAGCCGUCCUUCCAGUGAGUCUAUCUCAGCAUUGGUAUCUUGGUAUUGUGUUUUCAGCGUUGCUCAAAUUCUGUGUCAGUGAAGUUCUUUUCCUGGGUAAUUACACUUAACAUCUUUACUGUUCUCUGGACUUUCAAAGGGCUUUGUAUUUUCUACCUGUUCUCUCCCCAGGCUGCUCACCGGCAGUUUCGUGUGUGCCCUUGGGGUCGUGCCCCUCCCGGCCCCCAGAACAGCUGCUGAGGACUCGGGGCGGUCUGUUCUUCACGGUGAAGGGACUUUUUUGGCCGCGAGCAGAGCUGGUGGCUCCCCAGGAGGCUCCCUCCCCGUGUGUACGACCCCUCCUUCCCUCAGGGGAUGAAUCCAGAGUCCUCCAGGUGGCUGGACUUGCAUUUCAAUCAUGUUUUUCUCUCCCGAUGCCUUUAAGAUGCCUCCCAACGAGGAACUGGUUGUCAGCUGCCACUUUGGGGCAGGUGGCCAGAGUCACCCACGCAGCUGUGGAUGUGGAGGUGGGAGACUUGAGGUGGGCAGGAAGUGACUCAGUCGCAGCCCCUGUGCCUCGGCUUCAGAACUGGUGGUUUGUUAAAGUGUGGCGGACGUGUGAGGGCUAGGGCUGUCUUGCAGUGACUCUGAUCUUCUGGGUUGAGGUUUGGUCUGACAGCCUUGCCAAUCCAGCAUUUCUCCUAUUUGCAGAGAAGGACCCAACAGUAAACCUUGCUGGCCCAGGCUUAGCCACACAGGUCUUCCUGGAAGGGGACUGGGCCUCCAGUGACGCCAGGUGGGGCUGGCUAGGCCAGGGGUUCCAGAGUUCUCCUGGGCUCUAGAAGUGACUUGACCCUUGACCUUUGGGUUAUCUAAGCCUCUGUAUUCUUAGUAUUGUUUCUGAGGGCUCUACCUGCCCCUUUCCUCUUUCUAGGGUAUGGGAAGGAAGGAUGCAGGAAAUUAAGUGGGUUAAUUACUUCCCUUGAUAAAUUACAACAUAACACGAAAGUCACAGCUCUUUCUGAAACUUGAAAAUUAAAACUCCAUCUUCAAACCAUUAAAGAGUCAUUACUUGUUCUCAGCCUUCUCUUAAUACUAGGCUCAGUGUCGACGCUACUCAAAUGUUUCUUCAUGGUCUGCCCCCAGCAGUCGAUUUCUGAACCACCUUGGUGGUGUUGGCAGCAAUGUGCCUCCUCCUGCAACUCCUUGGGCGUUCGUGUGUCGUGGCUCUGCUUCCUGCACUCCCUGGCAUUCCUAGAAGGAGGGGGCCGGGCAGGGGGUGCCACCUCGUUCAGUAGACGGGCGGGUGUCUGCUCCUCAGAGAGAGGUUGUCCAGGGUUAGAGAAUUAAGUAGAUGGUGAUACAGGAUGGUUCCCGGGCCUGCCUUCUGCCCCAGGUCCUGGCUGCCUUCUCUGGGGGAAAAAAACCUUGUUUGACCUUUCUGUCCAGUAGCCUGUGUUUGAGACCCUGUAGGCUGCGGGCGAGAAGACGGGGAAAGCAUCUCAGCCAUCCUGGAUGAUGGCUCAGCUUUGUCUGGCAGGCUCAGCUGUGGCUUGGCAGAGUUGCCAGGGACUCAGGCCUGUUGCAGCUUUUGGUUUCUGAGAGGAGGCCUGGGGUCUUGCUUCCUUAGGCUUAUUGUGGCCCUUGUGGAAUCCGAUUCACGGAGAAAGCCAUGCUCCCAAGCACCCUCCUCCAUCACAGGAAAUGCCCCGGGCCCUGGGCCCCCCUGAGUUUGGGCCUGGGCAGGCACCAUUCUCUCUCAGCUCCCAGCCUGGCACCUCCGAGAUGUGGCCUUCCUACUUGGAGCUCUCCACCAGCACUGCCAUGUCCUCUCCUGCCCUCGUUCCUGCGUCCCUGUCCUCCUAACCAUGGUCUGUUCCGUCGGCCACGCGGCCUCAUGCCAUUUGUUUCUUCAUGAUCAGCCUUCCUGUUAUUCCCCGUUAUUACAGUUCAGACCCUAUAAGAACGUCACCUGAUUUCUCCUAAGGUUUGGCCUUCAUCCCACUGCUUGGAAACAGUCUAGAAGUUACCGGGGACCACGAAAUUGCUGAAUUCAGAGGUCUUUUCUCAGUCUUCAGUCUUCAUGUCCACACUCAGUGACCAGACUAUUUUGAUAUUGUUGCCCUUAUUUUCCCCAUUCUCUGAGAUUUCCCUCCCAAAUGUUCUUCAUUCCUUUCUCUUCUUUUACUGGAAGGCCAGUCUGAUUUUCUUUCUUGACAGGUGGUUCUCAAACUUUGGACCAGCCAUGGAACUCAUGGUGGGGAGGGCAGCUCUUACUAAAAAUUGCAGUUACUGGACGCAGCCCACAGAGCUGUUUAUUCGGUGGCCCUGGAGUAAAGCGUGGAAAUCAGAGACUUCAGCAAGCUCCCUGAGUGUUUUCCACGCAGGCUGUCCGGGGACCACAUGGUGAGAAAGUGCACUCACCCUUAGGGCUCACUAACUCCAGCUUUCGUCCUCCCUAACUUUCCUAGCUCCACGUGUACCCCCUGGGCAGCGACUUGUAGUCCCACCGCUAGGCCUGCCCUGCAGGAACACGUUUCUAGCUCAGCAGGGAGCCCUGUGCCGUCCUCAGACUCAGUCCCCAGGCCCUCCACCUGCAUCUGUCCCUCACUCUCCAUCCCCACCCCACCUGCCACAAAGUCCCCUCCAUCCACCCUUGUCCGUGGGUGGCGGCCCCUGACCAGUCAGCCCACCCCUCCCUCCCAGACUCCACAGUGCUCCCAGAUUUAUCUUCCAAAACCACAUUGCUGGUCACACUCUCAUCUCUGUUCAGUGAUCUUCAGUGCCUCGCGACCAGAGCACCAAGCUCAGCCGUCCCCGAGUGUAGUCUCUGUGCUGUCCGCCUCAUGGCCACGUGUGACUGCCCACUUGGAAUAGCCCUUCGCCGGACGCUCACUGCAGCCCGCACACAUUUCCUCAGUUACCUGUGGGCCCCUGCCUCUGCGUGCACCUCUUUCCUUGGCUAGAGAUGCCCUUUCUCCCAAAUGGCUUCCCCCUGAAAGGCCCAGCCCGCGUCCUGUUUGUACCCUUGCCCAUGCUUCUGCCCAGAAGCAACCGCAUGGCGCUCUGUGACCCACAGCACUUGUGUCUGGCUUUUGGCACUUGCCGCGCUGGCUGGUGUCACCACAGCUGAUUGUGUACUGUGUCUCACCUCCCUUUCUAGACUGUGAGCUCCUCGCGGGCAGGGACCGUCUGUGUUCACUCUUUGUAUUUCCCAUGGCACCUAGCACAGUGCCUUGCACUUAAUAGGUGCUCAAUAAACGUCUGCUCAAUUGAACUGGA